AUGGGCCCUGUAUUUGGGCUUAGCGCGAAAAGGCCAAAGUCCAGCUAUGGACCAGGCGCAACUCAGCUUGAGGGCAAUAUUGAAAUGAGGCCAUGGGCUUCAGCUGAAGCCAGGCCCAGUGGUAUAUUCACAAAAGGACAAUCAGUAAUUUGGGCCUUCCCUGUCCAGGUUUUGAGGAGCAACAGCAGUAGUAGUACGGGAGCAAGCUUUCAUUAUCACGAGACUGAGGGGUAUUUGGCUUAUCUGGCAUAUGUCCGUGACUCCAGCACAGAGGUUCCUUCUAUUGACUCUGUUCCUGUUGCUCGAGAGUUCCCCGAGUGUUUCCUUCAGACCUGCCGGGAGAAGGAUGGUUCGAUGCGGAUGUGUAUUAAUUACCGGCAAUUGAACAAAGUGACGAUAAAGAACAAGUACCCACUGCCGAGGAUUGAUGAUUUGUUUGACCAGCUUCAGGGAGCAAAGGUGUUUUCAAAGAUAGACUUGAGAUCUGGCUACAAUCAGCUGAAGAUUAGGGCGUCUGAUGUCCCUAAGACAGCGUUCCGCACUCGGUAUGGGCACUAUGAGUUUUUAGUCAUGUCAUUUGGUUUGACCAAUGCCCCAGCAGCAUUUAUGGAGUUGAUGAACCGAGUGUUCAGGCCAUAUUUGGACAUGUUCGUGAUAGUCUUUAUUGAUGAUAUUUUGGUGUACUCCCGCAGCCAGGAGGAGCACGAGCAGCACCUUAGAGUGGUUCUUCAGACUCUGAGGGAUAGUCAGUUGUAUGCCAAGUUCUCC